CAGUGUUAUGCCUGGAUUUCAUCAAUAGUCUUUCAUUUACUAACACACAGAUCACAGCAGCUUACUUUAUUCCGACACUCAGUCGGUGCAGACUCGAGGUGGAAGAUUAAGUACCGAAGACCGUCAAAGUGACCAAAAAGAAGCAAAAUGAAACUUCUCGGCAGUUCUUCAGCACUACUGUCAACCAGUACGGGAAGAUAUGUGUGCUGUCAGACCAUGUCACCAACGUCCUAUCAGCUGGUCGCCAAGGAACAACAGAAGCCUGAGAGGUCCAGUAAAGUCACGGUGUAUAAAUUUAGGUAUAAUGAAGAUAAAGACAUCUGCAUGGCGUUUUGCUUUGAGAAAGGAAAGCACUCCGUUUUCCCUGUUAUUACUCAUGAUGAUAAAGUCGAUUUUAAGACUUUGACCACAGAUGAGAUUGCUGGGGGAAACUUUGACGAGUCGUUCUUAUUUAAACUGGGCGAGGGAAGAAACAGCCCAUUUAAGAGCUUGGAAUCUGUGAAUAAACCCGACAAGUACCUGUGUGUUGAUCAAAAUAAAGUGACUAUCAUAUCAGAAGACAUGCCGGAUUUUAGAGUUCAUGACCUCUGUGAGCGCAAAGUGUUACAAAGUACCAACUGCCAACCACUCAGCAGGAUCCUGGACCAGACAACCUGUUCCCGUGAGAAAUCAGUGGAACAAUCUAAGUGCUCUAACAGAAAAGGAGAAAGCAAGAGGAUGAAGUUUUCUUCGAAGAGCUGUUUCUCUUUUUGUCUCUGAUCGUUUUCUUCAACAAAAGGCUGUAAUCUGCCUUCAUCAUCCUUCUCCUUGAGCAAAAGGAAACCUGGACACUGACAAUAUCUGUGAUUUCUGAAGCAGGAGCGCAGGGGUUAGUCCUUUUGCAGUUCUGUAAAAAUCUGUUAAAUUCUUACUGUAAAAAAACCUGCAUAUUAUAGUUUUUUCACAAUGAAAGUGUAGCUAUUCUUUUAAAGAAAGCUUAUCAAAUCUAUCCAUAAAACAUCCCUUUAACGUCGUUUUCUCCAGUGCUUGAAUCAUACCUGGUUAUGCAAUUUCCUGACACGUCUGAUUAUGCUAACUUUGACCUCUGACUGUAUUGUUUUAUUAUGAAAGGCUGGGAUGUGGUUACAAUAGUUACCAAAAUACACCAAAAUAAAUAGAUACCUUUAUCGACCAUAUAAUUACAAACAGGAUAUUUUCUUUCAUGUUUAAUAUUUUAAUUUAACAGGAAGUAGUAAAUUGUCAUUUAGGGCUGCACAAUAUAUCACUUUGGCAUCGAUCUCGCAAUGUGAUCAUUCGCAACAGUCACAUCGCAAGAUCUGCAAUGUCAAGUUCUGCUUCAGUUUAUUCACCCCUCAGGAAAUUUGAGUGGAAUUAUAGCUGACCAAGUACCAUCUUGUUGAGCGAUGGUGAAGUUUAACCUAUAUAGAGUGAAACAGUGUUUGUUUGCUUUGUUUUUAAGGCCUGUGACUAGGCCCACAUGGAAUCUGCACGUGUAGAAAUUCCACAGAUUUCCGCAGUUUUUUAGCCCAUCUUUAAUUCUGUUUAUUUACUAUAGUAAAUGUGUGUAAAUCUAUAUUUAUUCAGUUUUUAAGUUAAUUACAGUAAUAUUAUUGAUUAA